AUGGUAUUAAAUAUUCUUAACCUUUUCAUUAAGACAGAUGAUCAGCUUAUUUCAAGAUCAAAUAGAUCAUUGACGCGAGAAGAAAAUUUUGAAAAUGAUCAAUCUAUUGAAGCUAUGUGGGUAGUAAAAGCUGUGGAACAUGCUGAAAUAUAUUUUAAUAUUUUAUGCUCAGUGGAUCCUAAAUUAUUAAGACUUACACCACAUGAUGAUAAAAUAUACAAAACUUUCAGAGAAUUUUUUCCAGAUAUAAAAGUGGAUUUUAUAAACGAAGAUGAAUUAAAGUCUGAAGCAGGCAAGCAAAAGUGGAGACCUUUUUGUGAACAAUUUAAAUACUCUGUAGAAGAUUACAGUUUUGGUACUUUAUUAAGAUCUGAUUGUAAUGAUGAUUAUUUAGAAGAAAAUAGUAUAUUGACAACUAGGAUACAAUUUUAUGCUAUUGAAUUAGCAAGAAAUAGAGAAGGUUUUAAUGAUCAAUUAAGGCAAAAAUUUAGAAUUAAUAAUAAAACGAACCUGACAAAUAAUCAUGAUAUUAAAACAUACUAAUAUUACAUUUCAUUUAAAAGUAAUUGUAUUUUCAUAUUUUUUAUACCAAGAAAC